AUGCCCCUGGAACCCCUGAGUCUGAGUUCUGAAGCUCCUCAGGAUGCACUUGGCCCCAGUGCAGGGUGGAGAGUUGGAGAGCACUCGGAGCAGGAGAACUGGGGUCAGGGAGCCACGUGGUCCUCUGUCUGGGCUCAGGGCACUUUGCCAGACAGCACUGCAGGACCUGAUUGGUCCCAGGCACACAAGAAAUAUCCAGUUCCUGCAGUUCUGAAGGGCCUCGAGGAUCGUGAUGAUGGGAGACUAAAAGGAGAAGUCAAUGAUGGAGAGUUGUUGCCAGUUAAGAGCGAGGACAAUACCUGGAGACAAACCAGGGGGACUAGUGUGCUGACUCUGACACCAGGUCUGGUCUUGGACAAAGCCUUACCUGAAUCACUAGAAGAGUCUAACUGUGGUGCCAGUUAUAAAGAGCUUCCUCUCCAAAUGACUGUUAGUUGUGAGAUGUUCCAGAACUACCACAGAUUUCACUGGCAGUUCUCUUUGUCUGAUGCACUGGAGUCUGUCACACGACUCCAGAAAAGUUUUAAUCUCGGCCCUCUGAAGAGGCUGGAAGAGGGAUAUCAUGACAUUCAAAGCUCUCUGGGGCUGCUUUGUGUUCUCUUUGCUUUUUAUAUUUGCGUACCUGUACCAGGCAACAUUGAAGAACCCUGGAAAGUAAGGGCCUUGGAUGCAUUUAUUAAAACUAUUGAUUUUGUGGCCACAUGUUUUGAAAAUGCAGGUAUUAUGAAAUAUGAAGAGUUUGUAUCGAUCAUAUUCAAGCUGGACUAUACCGACCCACUUUCAGAUGAACACGUCACAGUGAUUGAGACAGCAUUUGCUGAUAUUCCAGUACGUUUGUACACGCCAAAGAGAAAGUCCGAAAUGCCACGACGAGCUGUAAUCUAUAUUCAUGGUGGCGCUUUUUGUUUUGGAAGUUUCAAGCAGAUGUCUUUUGACUUCCUGAAUAGAUGGACAGCAAACAAACUUGAUGCUGUUGUUGUGGGACUGGACUAUAGACUAGCUCCUCAACACCAGUUUCCUGCUCAGUUUGAAGAUAGCUUUGCUGCAGUCAAGUUUUUUCUUCAGGAUGAAGUUCUUACAAAAUACAGAGUGGAUCCCACCCGAAUCUGUAUUGCAGGAGACAGUUUUGGGGGCACGUUAGCAGCCGCAGUGACUCAACAGGUGCAGAAUAAUCUUGAAAUACAACAUAAAAUCAAGCUACAAGCAUUGCUUUACCCUAGUUUACAGCUGAUUGAUUCUUACUUGCCGGCUCACCGAGACAAUGAGUAUGGUUUAAUUCUGACAAGGAAAACAGGCAUAAAACUCAUAAGUUUAUAUCUCACAGCCAGUGAAACAUUAUCCCUGGCAGUCCUGAGAAACCAACAUAUGCCUCUGGAAUCAGCACAUCUCUUCAAGUUUGUUAAUUGGAGUAGUCUCUUACCCAAGAAGUACAGAAAGGACUACGUUUAUACUGAACCAGUUCUUGGACGAUGUAAUCAUUCACUUCCGGCAUUCAUGGAUAUCAGGGCAUCACCUUUGCUGGCCAAUGAUUCCCAGUUACGGAAUUUGCCAUCAACCUAUAUUCUUACCUGUCAAUAUGAUCUCGUGAGAGAUGAUGGCUUUAUGUACACUUCCAGACUUCAAAAUGUUGGAGUUCAAGUCACUCAUGACCAUCUUGAAGAUGGAAUUCAUGGAGCUUUAUUGUUCAUGACAUCACCACUGCAUUUACAUCUAGGUCUCAGGAUAAAAGAUAGGUAUAUUAGUUGGCUGGAUAAGAAUUUAUAAGUAUCUUUUAUAGAAAAUAUAUAUAGCCAUCACUUACUGGGUUGUAAUUUUUGAUAUUUGUAGUUGUAAAUGCAAAGAACAGCGUCACUUGUGUUGUGUAAAUUGAUAUUUGAAUCACAACGGUCUCCGUGUUUCCUUGAACUGGUUAUUAAUUUCUCUGACUCACAGAACCUGCAUGUGUAAAAUGUAUAUAGUCCUGUUUAUUUGGCCUUUACUUAGAGUUUAUUAUAAUUAUGCUGGUCUCAAUAGAGACCAAAGCUUAUUAAACUUGAGAAAUAAAAAUAGUUACUGGCAAGUUAGCAAAGAUAGUUUCCAGACAGGUACAGAAAUUGUAGUAGUGGGUAGAAAGAGGAAAAAUAAGGGAAAAAACUGCAAGGUAAUUGUAUUAGUUUUCUGUGGCUGUUGUAACAAAUUACUAAAAAUUUGGUAGCUUAAAACAACAGAAAUUUAUUCUCUCAGAGGUCAGGGGGCCUGAAGUCCACAAGGAGUAUCACUGGGCCAAAAUCAAGGUGCUGGCAAGAGCCACGCUGCCUCUGGAGGGGGAGGUCGAGCUCCUUGCCUCUUUUAUCUGGUGGCUGCCAUAUUCCUCACUGUAGCCACAUCACUUUAAUCUCGCAGGCCAGCAUUUUCAAGUUUCUCUCUUCUCUAUCUUCACAGGACUUCUCCUCUGCCUCCAUCUUAGAAAAAUAUGUGCGUUUGCGUUUGGGAUCCACCCAAAUAAUCCAAGAUAAUCCCCCCAUCUCAAGAUCCUUAAUUUAAGUACAUUUGCACAUCCCCCCCUUUCUUCCCAUAUAAGUAACAUUUACAGGGACUAGAAUUUAGGUGUCUUUUGGGAGGCCUUAUUUUUUUAACAUUUUCAGUCAAAUUUAAUUUUUUAAAAAAGGCAACAGAUCAACAUUACAAUCAUUAUAAUUCAAUCUAAUCUACAUCUGAACAAUGUAGCCCAUCUGAGUAUGGAGUGAGAAAAGUUUUCCCAAAAAACUGUCAAAUACAUCAUCUCAAAAUACUCAAAUAAUAAAUCACUUCUGCCAGCAUUUUGUUGAGUAUAAUCAUAAACUAAAAACAAAGGUUUAUUGCUGUAAAAACAAAUCUGUACUUUGUAGGAUGAAUCUUGAGUAUUAAGCGUAAUCAGUUGAAUCAAGUUAAGAAAUUAA